AAACCCUUUACGAAGUACAACUGCUACUCGCUUCCGUCCUCAUAAUGAAGAAACAGAUUUUGUCAACUUAUUUUUGUUGGUUGAAAACCGACAAGAAAACAGAGUAUAUGAUGAAGAAGACCGAGACAACGUCUUUCCUUUAAAUGAUGAAAACCGUCCACGAAGUACAACCGCUACUCGCUACCGUCUGUCUAAUGGAGAAACAGAUUUCGUCACAUUACUUUUGUUGGGGGUUGUUUUAUUUGUGACGCAUUUUGGCAGUGCUUUGUAUAGGGAUAACGUGGGAAGUUUCCAAUGGAAAAAUGUACUGAUCAUGAGCGAAAAGACAUAUAGAGAGGCCAUUGAUUGGGGGUCAUCUUUAUUUUCACCAAAGAAAUGUACUGAAAUUGAUAUCCUUAAACAGUACCGUGGUGUUGUAUUAGAUCAAGAUUUCGUGCAAGACUUCAUGCAUACUGGAGAAAUUACUAUCAAUGUAAAUUCCAAGAAGAUGGAAACUACAGUUGAUAGACAAGAUUUAGACAAAAUUGUUCUUUUCCAUGUUGCGUUAAUAAAUAAACAACGUGUUGACGUGUAUAUGCACUCUAUGGAAAGCGGAAUUUUAGUCAUUGCAAAGUAUUGCGAGCAGAAUCAACUUUGUGUAACGGUCAAAGUGAACACCAAAGGUUUAUUGCUUCAAAAUAUGAUUUCUGUGCCAUUCAAAACGGUUCUUGAGAAAAACAUCACAUUCAAGUUAAACAAAGAAAAUUUCCUUGUUACAUUUUCUCCCAGAAAAUCAAAAAACAGCACAAUAGCGCGCUUACCUGCAAUAAAUCUUAAUGGUUACGCACUCGUUGCAGGUCUUGGGUAUCCUAACUUUGCACGUACAACUCUUGCCUUUGGAAACUUAACGAUUUCUUGUCGAGUUCACAAAAAAAUACAUUUAUCUACUGAUGGCCAUGCAAUAUCGAAUUAUCAGGGUUUUGAAAAGCCUGUUGGAUAGUUUUGGUUUUAGCUCAU